AUGUACUACUUACCUAACCUACCCUUUUUCAGUAGACUCUUCAAAGAACGAACACGUGGAGGCAAUCUACAGUUGGAAUUCGCACAAACACAUACGAUUACCCUUAAAAAGUCGAAGUUUGGUGGCGGAACCCGACAAGUAACAUUCCAUGUAUCCGGUUUAAGUCAAGAAGCUGAAUUAAAGACAGCUGGGAAAACACUUCACAUCACCAUUGGCCAAGGUCUUCCGAAUACCACACGUGAGUUUCUUCCGAAUGGGAUGGUUAAGGUUGAAGACAUCUUACUCGGGAAAGGACCAGCCUUGGAACGUCCAUCUACGGGUUACCAGAGAAGAGUGGACAAGUUGAGGGUUUCAACCCGAAAAACACCUUUGCGGAAUGCUCCAGCACCACUUCCACAUGCAGAACCUAUCACUAACAAUCACGGAAUGACAAAUGAGGUGGGUGAUGAUUUUCUGGAUUUUUUUUUCUGAAA